GCGCUGUGGCUCUUGCGUUUCAUAGCCUUUUAUGAGCAUAAAUAGAUCUGGUCUGGCUCUAAUUCGACAUUCCUUCUCUCAAAUCCGAAUCACCCUUUGCAACGCCGACACAGCAUCACAUUUGAUCCGAACCAUACCUUCAUUGGCUCCCUAACCCACCUCAACCUUCUCUUCGGCAUCCCGAGGUAAAAUGUACAGAGCCAGCCAACUCAUCAAUACUAUGACCACUGUUACGGGGAAGGCGAUCGCCGUCGCAUACGUCACUAAGACGGACGUCUGGGAACGUCCCUUUCUUCACCAGAGCACCCAGGACGAGUUCGUUGAGGUCGCCGAGAAGUAUAAGGACGAUUUGAAACCAGAGACGGCCAAGGUUGCGAUGAAGGAAGCGGAGCAUCCAAGCACAAAUGAUCCAACCCAACACUACUCCGCGUUCGAACUAGACAAGGAUGGCAACGUGAUUGCAUCGAAGCAUUACUACAAGUAAGUGUAGAAUGGCGGAACUGAGAACAUCGGGGGCGUAUAAUUGGGCGAGAGAACGGCCGACGGGAUCGAGAAAAUAAUUAAAGUUGGUGGGGC